CGACACACUAGCAUUCUUCGUUUCUGAUCUUACAGCUGAGCGCGCUGUGGGCAGCCCCAGAACGCCAUCGGCGGCUCAAACUACUCAUAUCUCACAGCUGAGCGCAGUGGUUAGCCCCAACGCCAUCGACGCGGCUCCAAACUACUCUCAGAUGCACCAUGCUUAGAGUCCUCGUCGUCGCCGCAGUCGCGACUGCCGUAACAAAGUCCAACUGGGCGCCGGGCUACCGCACGGCCGGCAACGCCACGACCAUCAACGACGGCGAGGCGGAAGAGACCUGGGCGGCCUACGACCACAAUUACAAAGCACCAAAUGGCUGGGAGCUCCAGCCCUUUGCUUAUCAAAAUCCUGACCGGUAUACGGGCUGGUAUGCUGAUAAAAGGAGCAAGUGCAAGUGGUCCUCGCCCGUGUCGGUCUUCGCGCACACGAAGAAGUAUCUGCGAAGUACUUAUGGAGGUGCCUUCACGGGCAGCAAGUGGAAAUCGAGGAACAUGUACAACCAGUGGUCCCAGAGCUUCUUGGAGGCCACGGUGUGCACGCAGACCUGGGAACAGGAUGGCCAUAAGUACCAGCUCGACAUUACACGCUUAGGUCCGAUCACACUGAAUCCCGGGAAGAUCAUCAAUACUUUUUUCGUGCCGGCGGCGCCCCUGGACGACGACAUGGCCUAUCUCGUGGAGGCGGUCGACGGCUACCUCGACGACAACCUGCGACCUUUAUCCUACCCGCCCGUGCACCCGCACCACUCGGCGGUUUAUGUAACAGGCUUCCCAGAAAAAUUAGCGUACAACAACCCGUCCUCACCGUUCUUCGGCUUCAACCCCAUCGCGCGCCUGCCUCUGUCAUCAAUGAACGAGCAGGGCAAGAAGAGCAACGGAGACGACUGGCUCCAGACGUCGACGAACACGCCCGGUGCGCACGCGGUGUCCUCUUGCAACGCGUCGACGGCGUCGAGGUGGCUCCAUUGACGCCAGCGACGCGACGCGCUCCCUCGGUCCGGCUCCACCUCGACGCCAUCGUUGCGACGCGCCCUCUCAGUCCAAACGGAUCGCUCCUUGACGCAGGUUUCAACAACGACUUGUACGGCUGCGAUCCCCAUUUAGAGGACCAGGCGACGCCCUGCUACUACGCCAAGGUACCUGAUGGCUACGGCUUCCCGCGCUACAAAGGAGAGGACCACUGGGCCAACAGUGUCUUGGAGCACGUCCCGCCCGGAGGGGCAAGAAAAGUUAUCUACGAGUAUGGUAGAGUGCACACUUCCAAUAAACAGCUGAAACCGGUGCACAUUUUAGAUUUCGGUGUUGGUGGGGAUGGGGCUUUGUAUGAUACGAAGGGCGACGGUGUCGCGUGGUUCACGUAUCGCAUGCCGGUGUCCGGAGUGUUCACGUCGAGUUGGUUCCACACGCACCCCGUGGCGCCCUCGGACUUCUGGGUGCUGGACGUGGAUGCGGAGGCAGUGUUACCUCCAGAACUAGUAAAGAGCUGCACAUCUUGUUCUUCAAGAAAUACAAUCGGGCGACUCCAUAGAAACUGGGCGUCGAACAACAGCGGCACGUGCGAGCGCGACGUGCCCCUCCCAAGCGGCAUGACGCGGUCCCAAUUGAUGCGCCGCAUGCUGGACGAACAUUCAAGCCAUUUACGAUGCUGGUGGCGUACUCGCACCGCGUACUCUCCCUCUGCCGAUAGGUUCUAUGGGAGAACACCAUUACGACACAAGGACUACACGGGGUGUGAUGAGUGGCGGUUUGAGAAGGGCCAGGUCGUGUCGCUGAUUGCGUUCAAUGGCCCGGUACCGCCGCAAGUCCUCGCCGCGGUGCCGCCCUCGGUCCGGAAGCGGGGCGCCUUUCCCCAGCACCACCGCUGGUGGCCCGCGGCCGUGCUGGAUUUUCCGUUUGAGGAGUAUUAUGGGGCGUAAGUUUUGUUGUUCUA